AUGAUGGUGGCCGUUUCAGGUUAUCCUCUGUCGAAGUCGCCGGAGCCUUUGUCCCUUUGUUUCGAGAUCCCACUGCCGCCUGCUCAGAUGCCUUUCGCUCAGAGUUCAUGCCGCUUAGUGGUUGCUCAUGUGGGUAGCAGCUUCCAGAUCUACCUGCUUCUCUGGUUAAAGUCUUGUCUCUCCUACUUACUCUCAGGCUCGCCUCCGAUAGAUAUGGUCCCUGUGACCUUGACUAGACUUUGCCUCAGGAUUAGACAAUGGAAUGAUUCGCCUCCUUUACCUCAGUAUGAGGAUAUAAAGCUCUCCCUUAGCCUUCGUUUACCUCAGUAUGAGGUUGCUAAGUGUGUUGUUAGGCUUCGUUUACCUCAGGUUGAGGUUCCCUUACCUCUGUAUGAGGUUGUCACUCAGAAUCUCGUUUCUCUUUCAAUGCGGUCUGUUGUUAUGUUCGUAUUCUUAUAUGAUGAACCAGGUUCCCGCUUUAGAAAGAUAAGAAAUGGAGUCACCAUAGCCAUUCAUGACAUGGGCUGGUUUAUCUUCGAGAACUCCGAAGUUCUCCUCCUACAUAUAUUGUGUUAUGUUCUAUCAAAUUCCUCUCUUGGUGGGAAUUCCUUUAUUGCAGGGAAAAAGUUUUUCUCCGGUGUUACUAGGUUUGCGGUCUCAUCUUGUAUGGAUUGCUUGUCUUUUACCGUUGAAUUUCCCUUGCUGGUCUGUUAUGUUGUUAGCCAAUUGAACACCACUGCUAUUAUAGCAGUUGGUAUAGUCUCGAAGACUGCCGUUGGCGCAGUGGAGGAUCCAAGAAGCUUCAAGUGGAAUGAAGUCUCUCUGUUAUCAGGCAAGACUUUCAUAUCCUCUCUUUAUGUAUUUUCAGCUUAUGUUGUUUCUUGUUUAGCCUAUUGCAUGGCAAACUUUCUGGCUAAGUCCAGCUUGUACUCUUGUUCUGUUUACUCCCUCGUUGCAGGUUGA